CAAAAACAGAUGGACGGCUGCUUUUAAAGACUUAAUUCUUAUCUGUUCCGCCAUUCGAAUUGGGAAUUCCAGUUCAACGUCAUUCAGGAUGUCUUUAUGCUCAAAGCUGCCGACGGGAGUGAGGCCACCUUUUAUGGGAUUUUUACCCAACAGUGGGGGAAACUGGACAUUUCAGCUGUUUGUGCCAUCGGCUCGGGAGCCAUUCGAGACGUCUUUCUGAAAGGAAGCUACAAAGGCCCUCUCUCCUUGGAGCACUCCCACGUGAAGUGGGUGCUGCACAGGGGAGAGGUGCCCAGCCCUCGCCCUGGUGCAUGCAUUGAUACUUCUGCCCGCAAUCAGGGAUACAAUUCUUCUCUUGACUUGCCGGAUAGAGUCCUGCAGUUUGCCGGAGACCACCCUCUGCUGGAUGACACAGUGACCUCGAUUGACCAUCGGCUGGUGUUGCUAAGAAGAGGCACAACAUAUACUCGGCUUGUAGCAGACCGACCCAUUGGAUUGGAUAACUCAUCAUACGACAUUCUUUUUCUAGGGACAGAUAGGGGCUACUUGCAUAAAGCUCUCAGUGGCCGCAAAGAAAUGUUCAUUAUAGAAGAGAUGCAGCUGUUUCCAUCUCCGGAGCCUGUGCAGACACUGAAACUGGCUCCUCAAAAGGGCCUCUUGUAUGCAGGGUCUGCUUCCCAACUGGUGCAGAUCCCUGUUGCAACUUGCACCUGGUAUCGGUGUUGCUUUGAUUGCGUCUUGGCGAGGGAUCCUUACUGCGCGUGGUCUCUGCCUCUUCGCAGCUGUGUCCUGGUGGCCGGCCAACCUCGGAGUUCGCAGGUUUUGAUUCAAAGUGUCAGCGAUGGCGAUGCUUCUCGGUGUCCUGAAGAGGAAAAGAAGCUCCCGAGGAAGAACCCGUUCAUCCUUGGCAGCAGCCUGUACUUGAGAUGCACCCCCCUUUCCAACCUAGCAAGCUCCAUAUGGACGCGAAACCAGAGCCUCUUGCCGGUCCAAGAGGGCAAAUACCUAUUUCACCCAGAAGGGCUGGUCGUCUUCAGCCUGACUGCUGCCGACGCCGGGCUCUACGAGUGCCAGUCCGUUGAGAAAGCUAACGGGAAAGAAUUUCUCAGCAUUAUGGCCUCCUAUCUCCUCUAUCCUCAGCCAGAGAGAGUUUCCCCUGUCCUCGAGCGAGCUCCUUCCCACCAGACACGUGGCGAUUCAGCAGUGACAGACAGUAGUAGGUUCCCAGCACUUCCUCAAGUGAAAGACCCAGGUAGACAAGAACAACUGUCAAAGAUCCAAGGACCGUCCUUUAUUUUAUUGAUCGUGGGCUCUGUCUUUGCCUUCCUUUUCCUUUCUUUGCUGGCAUGGAACGUUUACAAGGGCCACCUGUCAGUGCCCUGGAAAGCCAGAGACGGGAGGCCCACAACGGCCAACACAGACGGUUCGGCAAACCUUGAUCGUGGGUCGGGACAGCGGGACUCGACUCAGAAAAGCUCAGAGCCACGUGCCGUCCCCUCCACAAUCAGUGAAUCGGCCCCGCUGGUGAGCUCUUCUGAAGAGAGACGCAGCGUGAAGGUAAAACGUGGCACCAGCCUUCCUGCGAGGCCGACUGUCUUUAACUUUCCAAGCUGCGUGGUCACGGAAGAGGACAGUGAAGUUUGAAAGCAUCGUAAAGGGAGUUUGGCAGCCUCUAAUUCCAGUGCCCUGAUGUCGUGCGUGCAAAUGCUUCUUCGGCUUCUAGUUGUGCUUAUGCGGGGGUUUUUAACUUCGCUCUCCCCACCUUUCCAGAGAGUUUUGAAAAAUAAACGUUUUUCCUCAGA